UGAAGAGAUACUGCGGAAACACUCUGCAGUAUCACAGCUUCUGUAAUCACAUACUGACAGAGGACACAUGCUUGCAUUCAACAUGGAUCUUCAGUUUAGACGAAAACAACUCACUGUCUAUUUUACAAUAGUUCUGUUGGGAUGCGUGUGGGCCGAUGAAGAAAAGGAAGCUGUGAAAGCUAGAGAGGGAGCAUUUGUCACCCUAAAGACAGGAGAAACCACACGUCACAGUAAUGCUCAGGUGGUGUGGACUUUUGGACCCGAGGAGCCAAACGUGCGUAUCGCCUAUGCGAAGGAGAGGGAAGUAAAGGACGACUACGAUGAGCACUUCAGAGACAGACUGCAGCUGGACGAACAGACUGGAUCUCUGACCAUCACACAGCUGAGAAUCAAUGACUCCGGUGUUUAUAUGUUUCAGUCCAUCAGCAACAACAUCUUAUCUCAGAGGUUCCAUCUUAAAGUCUACA